CUGCCGGAUUUGGGAAAAGUGGUGUGUCGUUCGAGACUAGGACAACCGGCAUCUGUAUCGUUAUCGACCCAACAAACCGUCGAACCACUGGUUUGGUUUCGUUACGUUUCGUUUCGCUUCGUUUCGUUUGCUUUAGUGGAAAGAGAUCGACGGUCACCCCCGGAGGCAAACGCAACUACUGCCGCCCCGUGUUUGCCACCAUCCGACACCACCUUCGAUGCGAGCUAGAACCCUCGUGGCUGCACUCGGCACAAGGAACAUUGCAAGGGCAUCCACGCCGCUGUUCUUUGGCGGAUUCCUGAGAAGCCCGUUCGGUACGACCGCCGCCGCCGCCGCUGCUGCCACCACCCAGAGGGCAAGCGUUGCCAUGCCGGUUUCCACCGAGGCAGCGACAACGACAGCGGCCAAAACGCCGGCGCACCCGAUCGCCGCCGUCGCCCAGCUCCGGUCGACCUCGGACAAGUUCCGAAACCUCCUCGACGUGGCGCACUGCGCGGGGCUGGCCCGAUCGAGGGGGGCUUCCAUGCUCUUUCUGCCCGAGUGCUUUGGAUUUAUGGGCGAGUCCGCGGAGCAGACGCUCCGGGAGGCCGAGGAUCCCUCCCGGCUGGAGGCCGCCGGUGGGGGCGGCCCCGGCGGGGAGCUGGCCGCCGCGCUGGAGGCGGCCGUCCGCGGUGCCGCGGCCGGAACGGCUCCCGGGGGGACAACGGGGGUUCCCUCGCCUCCGGUGGACUCCCUGUUGGACGGCCUCCGGACCAUCGCCAGGGCCAGCGGCCUCUGGAUUUCCGGGGGAGGUGUCCACGUUUCGGGGGCACCGCCCGAAGACGGCAGCAAGGAGGGAAGACCGCGGGUCUACAACACCCACGUCGUUCUGGACGCGGACGGCGCCCUCAGGGCUUCCUACCAAAAGAUCCAUCUCUUCGACGUGUCGAUCCCGGGAAAGGUCGACCUGCGGGAGAGCCGGACGACCGCACCGGGGACCAGGCUCGUGGUCUGCAAUUCUCCCGUGGGCAGGCUGGGCGUCACGACCUGCUACGACAUGCGGUUUCCGGAGGUGUACACGGAACUCGUGGGCACCAUGGGGGCACAGGUUCUCCUGCUGCCCUCGGCCUUUACCGUCCCAACGGGGGCCGCGCACUGGCACACGCUGCUGAGAGGUGAGUGGGCGAACAAGCCACAAACCGUGGCUCUGCCGCGAUGAYYCGCAYUGUAUUGUGUUGUGCAGUGUUGUGUUGUGUGGUUGGAAYGAUUCGGAGACACGAAGAAACGACCGAACGACCGACCGAAGGAACCGGUUCCGCUCUCACGAACGCAAUKUUCCAUCCAUCGCCCCAACAUCUCUAGCCCGCGCCAUCGAAAACCAAUGCUAUGUGCUCGCGGCAGCUCAGUACGGAAGACACAAUGCAAGAAGGGACAGCUUUGGUCACUCUUUGGUAAGCGCAAUUUGAUCACGUGGUGGUUGCACGAAAGAUUGCSAAUGUGGUACGAGCAUUCAGGCUCGAAACAGCACCGCCUGGUUUCGUCUUCUCGGCUCCCGAACGCCCUGACCACCAUUCUUUGUUGCGCGCAUUUCCUUCAGGCCGUUGAUCCUUGGGGCAAGAUCCUUGCCGAUGCCGGUGGAUACCCGACCGCGGAAGAAGCAGAAACCGGUCAGGAUGAUCGAACGACGCCAGAACCCCCCAGCAUUGUCACGGCCGAAAUAGAUUUGUCUCGGAUAGAUUCGAUUCGGCAGCGGAUGCCCAUCGACCUUCACCGUUCCAGUGCACGGUUCUAAACGAAUAGUUGUCCGUUGUUCURUUGUCACGGGGUCGCUUUUCCCUUCCAUCUACCAGGGGCCAGCAGACGCGCCGGGUGAAACACCGAAAAGACUCGUCUCGAUCUCGUCGYUAGUAUUUGGCACUAGUAUUGCUUCCGAACAAAUAUGACCUAGAAAGAGCAACCAUUCACUGUUCGACCGAUGAGGAAGAUCACAGAUCUCWCAUAGGUUUGCACAUAGACCAAACCACCAGACGACGUCUCCGAAGUCUAAUAGUAGCUAGUACUUCAGCUGCGUGUAGUGGUACGCUAGUGUCAAAAUUCUUAUUCUAAAUUGCAAGAAGUACCUGCUAGUAGCUACGAGGUUGGCCGUGGUGUUCUAUCUCCAAAUUUGGAACUGUGAAUUGGACAWGGACAAUCGUUGUGCUUACCUUGCUACUGAUACUAAUGUAUCGAAAGUACGAGUACGUACUUUACGUACUACUUUGUCCUUAAAGUACGUACGUACCGUACGUACAAGUAAUACGGAAGAACCACUACAACGUACGUUGCACCAUUACACUUUGCAUUUUGGGCUGUCGUUUUCGUGAAGAGUUUCACCAUMGAUUCAACAUGUUUUGGUGUAACGAGCUGCAAGGACGUACGGGAAUCGAAAAAAUGUACGUGCAGUACAGUAGUAUCUUCUUCGAAAUUGGUUCCUUCGUGAUUCGUUAUUACGUACCGCGUAGUACGAUAUUGGAUGCACAAACUCAGAUCACAAUUCGACCACACAACAAAAUCUCAUCGUUGACGGUUAAUUGCAUCAACAACAAACCGAAAUGGUUCCGGAGUCCCCCGCUUCCCCGCCAGAAAACGGUGCUAGGAAUGACUCAGCACCAUCGAUGAGUGAUCGUGAUGAAUUGGCAGCGAGAGACGCUCUGUCCUCGGGACUUAAUGCUCGUUCCGUCGUUGGAAAAGGCAUGGAGAGAUUCUCUGCCCUUGUGAACGACAAUAUCGUAGCUGCGCGGUAUGGCGUUUUUGCCACUGUUGCUCUCUUGACAGUGAGUCCCACCAAUAUUGAUGUGUUAAUUGUGGAUUCCAURUCGUUGUUUUUGCUGCCACUCCGCGUCAGACAAAACCCUCACUUAUGUGGAUUGUACCGUAUCGAAGGCGUACGGAAUCUCGAAUACUCCCCUCUUUUUUCGGUAUCGCAACGUGGCAGAAAUUCCCAAAUCAUUUUUCAUCGGAAGGCGGCGUUUGUAUUGCCGAGUUGUUGGCGUUCACCGUGAUUUGAACCCAUAUCAUGCUACGGGAGGACUCGAAGAUUCGUCAAUCCAGAUAACUGUUCGGCAUUUAUCACCGAUUGGCAUGCUAUUGCCCACAUCUUGGUUUGAAUCGCUGAUGAGAAUAAGCCCAUCUAGAGGUAGUCUCACGCGAGAUUUGACGAAAGGGAGUGGUAAAGCCGAAGWGAGCAAAAAUGAAACUUUGAGAUUGCAAAUUGCUGGAGUGUUGGCACCACCAGUUUUUCGUGAAUCAUACGACCCUGCACAAGUUUUGGAGCGUCUCGCGAAAGAUCGCACUCUAGUUUCUUGUCAACUAUUGGGCCGAGAGGUUUUGAAACCAAUAAAAGAACGCAAUAAAUCAGUUUUUUCAGAAAGCAAUCAACAAUCAUCAUCCAGCGUCAGUGAAAGCAAUGGUGCUAUUUCUUUUGAUGACACUUUUGCCCCAAACAAUGAAGUUCCAUCGGUGUUGGAUUAUCACCAAGUGGCAUUAUGUAGAAUUUCAUAUCGGCCACAAAUAUUGCAAGUAUUUCCGACGGAUUUGGCUGAAGCAUUGGUAAAGGCGGGCAGUGCCAGUGUUGCUUCCGACCUUCUUUUUCGAUCUUCCCCCUCGACUAUACAAAACUCAAAAAAAGAAAUCGUCGAUACAUCGCAUCGUAUUCAAGACAUUCGACAAGAUUUGAAGUACUUGGAUAGACUAGCAGUGUCGGAAUUUGAGAGCGCACAAAAAUCCAGUGGCAUGUGGUCUGUUCAAGAGGUCCGAGAAAUUAAAAAAGAUAUAACAGA